UGAGCGAUACUGCAACCGCUGCCUAAUGUGAAUUCAAUCGCGGCUUCCGCUUAUGAGCGUUUCCGUAUAGAGUCCGUGCGCGAUUUGGUCCUGAUGCAGGUUUUUCGCGUAGUCCGCGUUAAAGAGCUGCUUCCACGGUCACACUCCCGGGCAAUGUUGACGAGAUGCCUGCAAGCUUGAUUCACCUAAGUGCGUUGUUCCUGCUUCUGUACAACUAACACGAGACGUGCAAGCGAUCCGAGUGCACGCACGAGUGCAUCCUUAACAGUUCCGCAAAAUUUACACGCACUUUUCGCGCUUAUCACACGUUGGGCGCGCGAUUAAAUGUGCCUACCACCCUCAAGCACGCAAAGCACACCUUUAAUUUCCCGUUAACCGGAACACGACCUGCUCCCGAUUCAUCACCGGCAUCAGGAGAAUCCCCAAAAGGAGUUUGUGCAACUGUGUGUGCAAUGAGUGCCGUGUUCGUUGUUGAUAUGUGUUUUUGCAAUAGUACUAAUGAGCCUGUGUAGGUACGGGACGUAAUUAAUUGCGAUAGUGAGGAUACGGGAGAAGUGUUAUCUCGCGUCGGUCAUUAAGUGUCGUUGAUGCCGCUCGAAUUCGGAGUGGGCCACCCGCUUUGAAGACCCUGAAGUCGGAGACAGGAGAAAGUGAAGACAAAGUGAAUUAAAUGGUUAUUCUACGGCGAAAACGUCAACUUAUCCUACCUUCGAUUCAAAGAAAACUUUAAUUGCUGAACUUAAAAACAUAUGGUCCUCGAUGAACUAAGGAAGUACUUAAUAUACAUGUACAUCCGUUAACAUUGAAACUUCAACAUAUCAUCCCAAAAAAGUUCAAACCCCCACACGAUAUACUCAAAGACAACAUGCUCAAAGAUUUAGUGACAUCUGAAAAUCUUCGUGCGGAAAACUGUUGUGGAGGCUGUGGCUCCCCGAUUCGAGACAGAUUCUACUUGCUGGCCGCAGACCGGGCUUGGCAUGGCCAAUGUCUGCGAUGUUGUAAAUGUUCACAACCACUCGAUACAGAGCUCAGUUGUUUUGCACGGGACGGAAACAUCUACUGUAAGGAGGACUAUUUUAGACUAUUUUCAUCACGACGAUGCGCUCGUUGUGGUACAGGAUUAAGUUCAUCCGAAUUAGUAAUGCGCGCCCGCGAUCUGGUAUUUCACGUGGAUUGCUUCUCAUGUGCUCUUUGUGGUGUUCACCUGAGUGCCGGCGAUACCGCAGCCAUUCGUGGUGGACGAGUACUUUGCGGUGACCACUUCGAUGGCGACAUUUUAAGUGAGGCGAACUCGUUGUCGACGGUCAACACCCACUACUUUACCACCACAGGAGGCCAGAAAGGUCGACCACGAAAACGGAAACCAUCAUCGUCGUCAUCGAAUCACCCUCAUCCGCAUUCGGAUGAAUCGCCUGAUCUUAUGGAUAGAGGACCAACACCAAUGCGAAUGGAACUACUUCAUAACGAGAUUGGUCAGUCGUCGCUGGAUCUAACGACAUAUGACGGAAGUCAGUCACCAGGUUCGGGUGGUAGCCUCUCAGGACAAACAAGGACGAAACGAAUGCGAACAUCGUUCAAACAUCAUCAGCUUCGAACCAUGAAAUCGUAUUUUGCAAUCAAUCAGAAUCCCGACGCUAAGGACCUGAAACAAUUGGCUCAGAAGACGGGACUAUCGAAACGAGUUCUCCAGGUGUGGUUCCAAAACGCUCGAGCUAAAUGGCGACGUAAUGCAAUGCGCCAAGAAAGUAGUUCAGGACAAGGACUUAACCCUUUAGGCAGCUUAUCGAUACCCAAUGUGGGAGGAGGUGGGGGUGGUCCACCCAGCGUCCAGUCAAAUACAAGCGGCACAAUGGAAGCAGGAAUGACACCAUCACAUGCCCUCGAGGAAAUUCACCACAUGACAUUCGCCGAACUUUACUGAUUGAUGGCAUUUGCGCGGGGCAUAUCCUUGUUAUUAUAAAAAAAAAUGCAGGCAUUCCUUGUAACAUUAGAUUUUAGACAAGAUCAGAUAUUAGUUAACGAGAUGAAAACAAAACUGUAAUCAAAAGAUUCAAGUGUGUUCCCAUUUAUUUUUAUAUGUAGUUGCGACAGGCUACAUCGGAGGAGUUAGCAAUGACUACGGCUAGGCACUAGGUUAAACCGAUAAUUUAUUUAAUUUAUUAUAAUAUAAAGUGCAUAAAUCAACACCGCAGAUCUGCAGACUCCAGGCUAUAGAUAUGCGUAUAAUAUCAAAGAUAAACGGCAACAGAAGUGUAAAUUUUAUGAAUAAUUGUUUGCAAUAAUUCAGUGUUCUAAUAUCAAAUCUGAGUUCAUGUAAGUACUGUAAUUGUAAAUGAUACAUAGCUACAUACGUAGUUCUAGUUUAGAAGCAGAGAAGAGAGAAUUAUGCAGAAAACAACUAAUUCAUGAAUGUACAUAAACGUAUUUAACUAUGAAA